AUGAAGGCCAUCCGGCGCUCGCUCAAGGGCGACAAGGAAAAGUCGCAGCACCACCAGCAUGUCUCGAUCACGCCCAAGUCAGCCCUCGCCAUCUUGCCGCCCAAGAAGGUGAUAAAAGCGCUGUACGACUACCAGCCGUCGCCCGAGAACAGAGAGGAGCUCGCGUUCAGCAAGGGAGACUUCUUCCACGUCAUCAGCAGAGAGGACGACCAGCACUGGUACGAGGCCUGCAACCCGCUCUUCCCCAACGCCCGCGGCCUCGUCCCCGUCGCCUUCUUCGAGGUCAUCGGCAAGAACCAGCGGGACAGCGGAGACUCCGUCCACGCGCCCGCAGACCUGCAUCACCACCAGCAGCAGCAGCCUCGCCUCGCCCACGACUCCGGCUUCUCGGACAGCAGCACCAUCGUCAACACGACCAGCAAGCCGGAAAAGCCCUCGCAGUUCAGAAUGUCGUCUCUCGGCAAGGCGGGAGCCACCGCCAUGGUCUACGGCAUCGUCAUGUACGACUUCAACGCUGAGCGGCCGGACGAGCUCGAGGCAAAGGCCGGAGAGGCCAUCAUCGUCAUCGCCCAGUCAAAUCCAGAGUGGUUUGUCGCAAAGCCCAUCGGCCGUCUGGGUGGGCCGGGCCUGAUCCCGGUCUCCUUCAUUGAAAUCAGAGACAUGACGACAGGGAAGUCGGCGCCGGACCCCCUCGAGGCUGUUCGACGCGCGGGCGUGCCCCGGGUCGAGGAGUGGAAGAAGAUGACCGCCGAGUACAAGAACUCCUCCAUCUCUCUAGGCAAGUUCGAGAACGGGCCGCAGCAGGCGGCAGCCGAACUCGAGCGCAUGAGCCUCAACUCUCGCUCUAACCACCAACGAUCCCCAAGCAAGCAUGGCUAUUCACAGCAACCACAACAGCAACCGCAGCACUAUCAAGUACCUAUACCCGUACAAGCGUCAAUUCCGCGGUACUGCUUCGACAAUGACAAGUACUGGUACAUCGUCGAGGUCCAGAUGGAAGACGGCCGGUGGUGGGAGCUCUCUCGCUACUACCACGACUUCUACGACUUCCAGAUCGCCCUACUCUCCCAAUUCGAAGAAGAAGCCGGCAACAGAGGCGGCCAGCGCACUCUUCCUUUCAUGCCUGGACCCGUCACCCAGGUUACAAACGCCAUCUCCAACGGCCGUCGCCAGAGCCUAGACGAGUACGUCAAGCAGCUCCUCGCCAUGCCCCCGCACAUCUCCCGCUGCCAGCUCGUGCGCCAGCUCUUUGCGCCGCGUCCAGGUGACUUCGAGAUCGAUCCCGCCGUCAUGUCAGAUGACUACCGCCUCUCCAGCGGCUCGCAGCAGUCCUCGGGCCACAACCUGUCUCGAACCGCUUCCCGCCAGUCCUCCCAGGGCCAGAUGAGUGGUCCCAACCAGCAAGCCCACUACCAGCCUUCUCAACGACCUACCCACCAACGCAGCCAGGGUUCCGUCUCCCAGCAGUACCAUCAGCAGCCACACCAGCCGAUGCCACCCCCAGGACAAGCACAGGCCCCGUCCAUGUCUCGCCAAGGAAGCUCGUUCAACAGCCAGAUGCCCUCCCAGGGCUCCGGUGCGAUAAAGAUCAAAGUCUUCUUCCAAGACGACAUCAUCGUCAUCCGUGUACCAGACGAUAUCAACCUACGGCAACUAACCGAUAAGCUGCGGGACAGACUCAAGGUCGACUCCAUGGUCAUUCGGUACAAGGAUGAGCCGUCAAACUCGUUUGUCGAGCUACUCGGAGACGCCGACCUGGAGACUGCUAUUCGUCGAAACGCCAAACUCAUGCUCUACGUCAGCACACCGUGA